UCAAUAAAACCUUCGUUAAAAAUAACAAAACAAAAAACAAAAAAACAAUGAAAACACCCUUGUAAAUUAAUCGGAACUCUUGGGAAUAUUACGAAGAAUAAAUGUAAUUCAUGAUACACUCAGUUACUAGAUAUUUUACAAGAAAGCUCAUACCGUCAGGUUCUGUAAAUUAAAUACCAUUUACUUUAAAUUUCCAAAAAGUCCACGUGUAACUGUCGUUAUUUUAAAAAUUGAACAGAAAUACGUUAAUUAACAAUGUCUUCUCCGCCAAAAGAAAAUUUAAAAGCAGGCCAUCCACCUGCAGUGAAGGUUAGUGGUAUGCGAGUAGUACAGCAUUCACACAAUCACUCUGAGAAGUUAACAAAAGAAGAACGAGAGAAGGAGGAAGUAGAGUUUCAAACUGAAAAGCCCGUAAAUGAAUCCUUAGUCGUAGGAGGUGCAAUUACAAAAGGAGAUAAAGAUUUCUCUACAGCGGCUGUAAAAGUUGCUCAUGAGAAACCAAUGCCUUCAAAGGAGAAACAUCAAAAAGGAUGGUCAGCUCAUGGUCACCCUAAUAUUGUUUUAAUGCAGCCCGGAAAACAGUAAAAAUGUUAUUACUCUUGAAUUUUUGCUUAUGGUUUUUUUGUGGUUGGAAUGGUUUUUUGUGAUGGUUUUGUGGUUAUUCUACUCUUUUUAAAUUAUUUUUUAAGAGAAUAAAUAAAUUUAUUAUUACGAAUUCUUUGUACAAUUUAUUUUAAGACUGUAUUGGUGAACUGCUUA